GCGCCCUCAGUGUCUCGCGGUUCAUCGAUCAGUGUGGUGUGUGUCGCGUUGUUGCUCCGGUGGAUUUUUUGGUGGUUUGUUCCUGCCUAGGACAUACGCGUAUUUUUUUCGUUUGGUUUUCUUGAGUCGACGCCGUGAUUAUUCAGAGGGCUCGUGAACGGGCCCACCGGCAAAUACAAAGGAAAGAUGCAACCGAGGAUAUACUGGAUUCUGAUCAGUACGGCCGUCAUUCUCGCGGGAUGCAACGCCGCUACCGAGAAAGAUCAAAACGAAAAAGACAGGACAGGGGGAGGAAGUUCGACGACAUACAAUUCCUUUCCAGACGAUCUUUAUUUGGACGACCAAGAAUCUUUGGAGGGUUCUGGUCGAGGUGGCAGCGAAGGUCGCGACGAUCUUGAAGCAUCCGGAAGUGGCCUUGGUCCAGACGACGAGGACGGCGACGACGAUCACGACUUUAAUAAUAAUAGGAUAGAACCACCGCCUCAAAGGCCAGCAAAAGUACCAAACUCUGUCGACGAACCAAGUAAAACUAAGGAACAGACUAUCGUUGAAACUGUGAACCGACCCGAAAACGAGGUCGAUGUAAUCGAACCCUUGGAUGUCGAAGACGACCACUCGGACAACACCGACGAUAUCCACGAAGUAUACAUCAUGAAUCCGAAACACGAGGACCGCAGCAGCUCUUUCUUUGCUCAGCCAGGUGUAUUGGCAGCGGUGAUUGGUGGCGCAGUAGUUGGCCUGCUUUGCGCAAUAUUAGUGGUGAUGUUCAUCGUAUAUAGGAUGCGCAAAAAGGACGAGGGUUCAUAUGCUUUGGAUGAGCCAAGAAGAUCACCAGCGGCGCAGGCAUUCCCUAAACCAGGCGCGCCGCAUCAUAAUCGAGAAUUCUACGCUUGAGGCGACAAAGCUUAUCUGGCUUUGGCACCGCCCAUUUUUAUCCCACGAUACCAUGCCGAGAAAGACGAUGUCCUUCGACCGAAUUAAGCGCCAUCGCCGAUGAUACGACACAUCCGGAAUCUCCCACGAGGGUCUUACGAAACACCUCGUUCAUUGACCACAGCGAGAUUUCCUUCACGUCGGGGAAAAGCGUCAUAGUAAUCUCUUUCUGAACUCUUUCGAUCAGAGAAUAUUCCAAAUUUUUAAAUUUCCAUUCAUCCGAACGCAUCUUAAUUCCUUAAAUUUAUUCGCUUUAAUAAUAUUCGCUUUUAUAUCAUACAAUAAUUAUUGUUUUUAAAUUGAUCACUUCCUGAGGUGGAACCUCCCUUAAUAUAUAGCACUCUAUUUUUCUACUCGUAUAUCGUUACGGGUAGUAUUCUGAGUUAAGCAUCGGUCCACCUCCGAGAGUAGAAUAUUGAUUUUUCUCUCGGUUUUAAAUUAACAUAUUUUAUAUCUUCGUAUUAAUUCAUUAUUCAAUUCUCGGAUACUUAUCUUUUUUUUUCCAUAAUCAUCAUGGACUGAUCGAACGAAGAAAGAGAGCGAUGAUAAUCGUCCCAUUGCAAUUAUUCGUCGGCAAGAUUGCGCCAAUUCCAUAUGCAUUUACACAAUGUGUAUUUCGAAGCGUAUACGUAUCCAAGCUUACGUAUAUGCCUCCCUGUACAGGACUGAGAGCGUGAAAAUUCGUGGGCGAUAAACGCUGUUGGUAUGUCGUUAAUCAUUCUGGCCCGGUGGAAGGAGGGAAAGAAAGAAGGAUCGUUCUGCCACCAUGAUUUCUCUUCGACGCCAAUCCUGUGAACUAUAGCCUCGUUUAUCAACGUUUCCUCUACUGUCCCUCCUUUUUUCUAUUUCAUCUACUUUUACUUUGUUUUGUAUUUAACGAUCGCUUUCUAGAUUUACAAAGAUGUUUUUUAACAGUAUGACUGCACAGGGUCUUUAGUCUACUGGCGCUUUUCUCUUUUUUAAGUCCAGUUUUAUAGAACAUUCAUUACAAUUAGUGGAAAAGAAGUAAGUCAUCUUAAGAACAAGAAAUUGUCUUUUUUAAGAUUUGUUUUUUUUUUUUAAAUUUGUAACUUAUUUUAAUUAUUAGAUUAGAAUUAAAUGAAUACAAUUAUAAUACAUUAGAAAUAUUAAAAAUUAAAAAAUAAUAUAUUUGCUUGAUGAUUAGAAAACAAUGACUAUGGGAAAAUGAUAGAUAAAAAUAUUAAAAGUAAUUUAAGAUUUUUAUUUUUCUUUUAUUAAUAAUUUUAUAAGUUAUUAAUGUAGAUAUGAGCUAGGAUAAUUAAAUAUAUAAUCCAAUAAAUGAAAUGAAUGAUUACAACGCGUUUGCAUAUUGGUAAAAGCAAAUAGCACAUUAUUAAUGAUUCAUUAAAAAAUAUUUAGGAAAAAUUUUAAAAAUAUUAAAUCAGUUAAUUUAAAUUAAAUAUGUAUUUAAAUAUUCAUAUCUGAAAUUGUAUUAAUUAUAAAGUCUAUCUAAUCUUACAUAUCGUAUCUUUAAAUCACAUUAAUCAUAAAAUUUAUCUCCUAACCUUAUAUAUUUAAUCAUAUUAAAUUGAUUUGCAAUUUAAUUUUUUUUCUAUUUUAAAUAUAUAUUUCAUUGAAUGAUAAAUGGCACAAAUAAUCGCGAUGUUCCUUUAAUAAGAUAUUCUUUUAUUAAAAAAUUAUUUAUUUAACGAGAUGAAACUUAUAUCUUUCAUCAAUAAUUAGAUUUAAUAUUUCAUAGUUUUAUAUCUAAUCUUAAUUUUUGAGAUUUUUCUUUAUUUAUUAAUAAUCUAAUAUGUAGAUUAUUUAAAUUAAUUCUUAUUGAUUCAUUUCCACGAAUUCUUCAAAAACACCUACGUUUGCAAUAAACGAACUGUUCUCAUUACAUGGUUGAAUCAAUUGCCAUUUAUAUAAUAAAAAUCUCAGUGUGCCAUUUUAAAUAUUUUAAGCGACGUUUUCUGCAACCGAUGAUUUGAUCUUCAUCAAAAUAAAAUAAAUGAUAUUUGUUGCAAGAAGAGAUUCGCCAUUUUAUUUAAAAAAAAAAAAGAAUAGAGCAUAACGUAUCCUCGUUGUUUCCUUCUUCCACCGUAAGAAAGCUAAGAAACAUUUUGUAUCUUAAAGAGAAAAGCUGGUCGAGAGAGAUUCUAUUUGCCAUGGAUAAAACAAUAUCCUGCGUAUACGCAAGGACAUUACUCCUUCCGAUCUUAAAAGAAACAUACGUGCGUAUAUAAAUUUAUAUACAGACGACUUUCAUCUCUGACUAUAAGAGAUAUGCGUAUGCCAUAUUAAAAAAUUAAUGAAAAA